AUGUGGUUCGGCGUCAGUUGUGUCGUCGGUGCCGGCAUCUUUGUCCUUACCGGCCAGGAGGCCCAUGAUGCCGCCGGGCCACCUGUGGUGCUCUCCUAUGUUGUCUCUGGUGUUGCUGCCAUGCUGUCGGUUCUAUGUUACACCGAGUUUGCUGUGGAAAUCCCAGUAGCAGGUGGUUCCUUCGCGUACCUCCGGGUGGAGCUCGGCGACUUUAUUGCUUUCAUCGCCGCCGGCAACAUUCUCCUCGAGUACAUCAUCAGCUGCGCCGCCGUCGCCCGCGCCUGGACCUCCUACUUCGCCACCCUCCUCAACCACCAGCCGGACGACUUCCGCAUCCACAUCCCAGCACUCUCCCCGGACUACAACCGCCUCGAUCCCAUCGCCGUCGCCGUCACCGCCACCGUCGGCCUCGCUGCCAUCCUCAGCACCAAGGCCGCCUCCCGCUUCAACUACGUCGCCUGCAUCAUCCAUCUCACCGUCGUCGUCUUCAUCGUCGUCGCCGGGCUCACCAAGGCCGACCCGAAGAACCUCUCCGACUUCGCCCCUUUCGGCGCCCGCGGCCUCUUCUCCGCCUCGGCCGUUCUCUUCUUCGCCUACGUGGGCUUCGACGCGGUGUCCACCAUGGCCGAGGAGACCAAGAACCUCGCCCGCGACAUCCCGCUAGGCCUCAUCGGCGCCAUGACCAUCACCACCGUCUGCUACUGCCUCCUCGCCCUCACCCUCUGCCUCAUGCAGCACUACUCCCGCAUCGACGUCGACGCGGCCUUCUCGGUCGCAUUCCAGGCCGUCGGCAUGGACUGGGCCAAGUAUGUCGUCGCCUUCGGCGCGCUGAAGAGCAUGACCACCUCCCUCCUCGUCCUGGCCGUUGGGCAGGCCCGCUACCUCACCCACAUUGCCCGCACCCACGUGGCACCGCCGUGCCUCGCCCACGUCAACGGCUCGACCGGCACCCCCAUCGACGCCACCAUCGUCAUGCUCGCCGCCACCGCCGUCAUCGCCCUCUUCACCAUCCUCCGCAUCCUCUCCAACCUCAUCUCCAUCUCCACUCUCUUCAUCUUCAUGCUCGUCGCCGUCGCCCUCCUCGUCCGCCGCUACUAUGUCAGCGGCGAGACCUUCACCGCUGACCGCAACAAGCUCAUUAUCUGCAUUUUUCUCAUCUUGGGCUCGUUGAUCGGGAUAGCCGCCUACUGGGCGGCUGGCGGUGAGGGGUGGGUGGGGUACGCAGUGUCGGUGCCGGUAGGGCUCUUAACAACCGUGUACUUAUGGCUAGGAGUGCCGCAGGCGAGAAUGCCGAAGCUGUGGGGGGUGCCGAUGAUGCCGUGGCUGCCGUCGGCAUCCAUCGCCAUCGAUGUUUUCCUGCUUGGGUCCAUCGACAGAGCAUCGUUCGUGAGAUUUGGCUUAUGGACGGCCUCGCUGCUUGUCUACUAUUUCUUCAUUGGGCUUCAUGCGUCUUAUGACACCGCCAAGGUGUCUAGUGGGCGGCCGCUAAUCAGUAUGGGCUUUGGGUGA